UUGCACCUUGAAAUUCUGUGCGCCUCCGGCGGCCUCCGGGAGCGUGGGAACCUAGCCUACGGGCGCUUUCCUGUGGGGGCGGAGCGGCGUGUAGAGUCGGGGGGCGUUUCCGGGAAGUUAGAUGCCAGCUAAACUUAGAGGGUAAAGUGAGGUAAACUCUGGCGCUGCUUGAGGUUUAGUUCAGCCAGCGCUUUGGCUUGUUCCUCGUGGACAGCGAGCGAUCAAAUUCGUGAAAAGAGGGAGUCCGGAAAUAGAGAGCAUGAGAAAACAUCUAAAGCAUCCAGAAAUCGUCUCCUGGACACCUUCCAAGAGGCAGGCUGAAUCAUCCUUCAGCCCCAGAGAAGGGGAAGCCAAUUUCAGGUGUUCAGAGGCUGAUCGAAGACUUGAGAUUGGCACAGCUUUUGAGGCCUGAAGGCGCUUUAGUGCUUUCAGGAAGCGAUUCUGCAGCCUGCUUCUGCUGAAAGAACCUCAGAUCUUCCCAGUGAGUAAACAUCUUGUUUUAGCUGAGACCGAGCAGGAAAAAAAAAAAAAAAAAAAACCUGGGGAGAAACAAAAUUAAUUUCUUUGAACUUCUGUAAGUACAAGACAUUUUUAUGGAGUUUGAAUUGUUUUGGAUUUGAAGUGUUUGACCUUGAAAACUUUUAGCAUUUGCAUUUAGUUCAUCCUGGAAAUCUUAUUAAUAAGAAACCGUCUUCAAUAUGUGGAGAAAUUCUAUAUUGUAGGGCUUUUAUUAUGAGAGUACCUUUAUGAAACUUAUUAUUGGAAUAUCUUGUUGAUGUCAUUUAGUCUCCUUGAAGGUCUUCUGAUAUGCUCAGGUGAAUUGCUUACUGAACACAAUCUGCAUAGGAAAUAGAAUGGAAAAGUAAUGUUCAGUCUUGGUGGAACACUCAUCUUGGAGUUAGUAUCUUCUUGUGCCUGAUUUCAGAUCAUUAUAAAACAAAUUCAACACUAAUAUCUAUUGGACUGUGAAGGUUUUGUAACACACCUGAAAAUGGGCAUUCCUCUCAUGAGAGUUGGGUUUUAUGUUCGCUCCUCUUAAAUUUGGACCUUUUUUAGUGAUUUUGUGUGAAGAGUAGAAUGCAGCAGAAGUCAAGUCCCUAAAUCUUGGGUCUGGGUCAGAAAAAGCUACGGAGCUUCCAUCUGGUUCUCUCAGGACACUUGUUUUGGAGCCUUGAGCAACUAUGUAAGAAGUCCACCCACACUGAGAUGUCCAAGAUAUGAAGAAGCCCAGAGCAUGUGGAUUGGCCAUGUAUAAUGCUCCAGCCAAGGGCACCAGCUGAGGUCUUGUGCAAUAGCUUCAACCUAGUAUCAGUUAUUGGACAUGUUUGUGAAGACUCCUCCUCCAGAUGAUUGUCCACCUGUCCAUCCCCAGCCAUCACAUUGAAGGCCCAGAGAAACUGGAGCAGAGACAGGACACUCGCACCACAUCAUUCUAUAAAUACUGAACAAUUGUUGGUGUGUACUGUGUUUCAAAGGAUUAGCAACUAUAAGCAGCAAGUCAACUCAGAAGUCUUAAUGACGGAGCAGCAGCUGGCAUUAGACUCUGUUUUUAACAGGAACCCAGACUAAGGAGUUGGCAUUGGAAAUCAGACUGAGGAUGGGAUUGAGGAUCUCACUGGCCAAUAGGCAAGAAGACUGUGGCGAGUGGGUUUUUUGGUCAAAUUAUCACAAUUCAGAUAACUUGAAAUUAUCAAUCACUGUGUGGAUGUACUAACUGGAUAUACAGAACAUCCAUUCAUCCAUUAUUUAUGCAUUUGUACCUUCAUCACUUAUCCAUAUAUUUGCGUAUCUGCUAGAAACUCAGAGGCAAGUACAAUACUGUGUCCUUAAAAGAUUUACAGUUCCCUGAGGAAACAGUUAGAUAGUGUUAUAACUGUCCCUGGGCCUGGAGCUCCUGAUCUAAUCAAUAAGGCCACCGGAGCAGACCGAAGACAGUGGUUUAACCAGACCUGCAAAGAUAAAUAUGAAUUUAGAUUCCAUUCAUCGGUUAAUUGAGGAAACACACAUCUUCCAGAUGCGGGAGCCAUCAGUUAAACCACCUUGUGACAUGUUAGCACCUGCUUCAUCUCCCAAGGACACUUGUCCUUCCUGUUGGCCACAUCAGGGACUGCAAUCAUGUGCCACUCACAACUUCUGCGCUCACUCCUGUAACACCAGUGAGUGGAAUAUUUGCGAAGAGCUUCGCCUGAGGGAACUUGAAGAAGUCAAGGCCAGAGCUGCCCAGAUGGAGAAGACCAUGAGGUGGUGGUCAGACUGCACUGCCAAUUGGAGAGAAAAAUGGAGCAAGGUUCGGGCCGAAAGGAACAGCGCCAGGGAGGAAGGAAGACAGCUCAGAAUAAAAUUGGAGAUGACGAUGAAAGAAUUGAGUGCACUGAAGAAGAAGCAGAGUUUGCCACAUCAAAAGGAGGUAUUAGAAACUACCCAAGACCUGAAGCAUCCUACUUUCAUGGAAGUGCCUUCUGCACAAAGAGACCCAUUUCACCUUGGUUCACAAACGUGGGAGUCUAUCAGAGGUUGUCCAGUAAAAAGAGAAUUUCCUACAAAGGAGAACCCGGAUAGUAAGGAAGAAGGUUUGAAUAUUGACCAGUUAAAAUUAAAUGAAGAGACGAAACUCAAUCUUAACUGUCCUGAAUCAUUAAAAAAUGUUGUUUCUGAAAACAGCACACUGAAAUCUGCAUUAAGACCACAAGCAAUAAACCUGCCUUUGGAGAAUAAAGUGCCUGAAAUUUCAGCUUUGCAGGUACAUCUGGAUGAGUUCCAAAAGGUUUUAUGGAAAGAAAGAGAAAAGCGCUCAUCUUUGGAAAAAGAAAUAGAACGACUGGAGUCAGCUUUGUCUGUAUGGAAAUGGAAAUAUGAAGAACUGAAAGACUCAGAGCCAAAAAAUCUGAAAGAGUUUAACAUUAUUCCUGGUCAACAUGAAAAUGAAAUGAAAGAAAUAUCGGGAGAUAUAAAAGAAGAAUCAAAAUCUCAAACCGGCAAGGAUAGAGUGAUCUACGCGUUAAGAGCUGAGCUAGAGAGAUUGCAAGCUGAAAAUAUCUUGGAGCGAGACAAGAGGGAAAUACUUGAAACAGAAAAACAAGGACUGGAAAGAGAAAAUAGAAGGCUAAAGGCCCAAGUGGAAGAAAUGGAAGAGCUUCUGGAGAGGAGAAAUGUAUUAAGUGCAAACUCUCCAGGUCCUGACUUCAAGACCUCACAAAUUGAACUGCAGGAAAAAAUCAAGGAACUUUUAGGAAGACAGAGAGGAGAGGAGAGAAGAGAGGACAAGAGAAGACAAAUGAGGGAAGAAGAAGGGAAAAGUGGAAUUUGUGCUGACUAUAAAGUGAGAGGACAUAACAGAAUAACCAAAAUGGGAGCAAACACAUAUAGGCUAAUAUUUAUCAAAAUAUGUCCUGAUUUUGCUGUAAUGGAGAAAAGUAGAGUUAUAAUUCCCAACCAUUUUUCUAAAAAUGAUACCUUUCAAUGCUCAUUUGCUUUACCACUUUAUUCAGUGACAGGGAGGUUUGUACUUGAAUAGCCUUGAUUCUGUAGAUAUGCAGUGUUUGUAUUCUCCAUUCCAAAUAACACGUUUUGAAGUGAAAAGUUAUUGGAAAAAGUGGUCAGUAUUCUAUGGGGUAAAGCCCCGUGAACUAGUCAACGUGCCUUUUGUGGAGCUUUUUGGAGGCUUGUUUUCCUAAAUCAUUCUGGCAACUGACUCUCUUCCUUCAGGUCACACAGUGGGUCAUUUUCAGAAAACUAAUGUGACAGAGUGGUAAUUGAUGUGUCUCAGGAAAAUGAUGAAUUAAUCUAAGAGUAGAAAGGCCAUCAAAGUCAAUUCCUAAUGAAUUUACAUUACUGACAGUGUCCAUUUCUUGAAUAGGAAUGACAUUAUAUUUAUUUUGCUUAGUAACUUUAUCCUCAGAAAUGUUUUAUUUUCACUCAGAGGUUUAUCAGGCAAACCUAUGGCUUUGUUAACUUCUUCACUCAUUAUUUUUCUUUUAAAACCUUCAUUACUCAUACAAUUAUUGAGUAAUUUAAGAAUAUAUCUAUUCUUAUGCUGUUGUAAAAUAAUAAUUUUAAAUAUAAAAUAACAUAAUUUGAUGUUCUUAGACAGGGUUAUUUCACAUUUUUCUUUAACCAUUCUUACAUAGCUUUGCUUUCUGUGGUACACUAGAAAUUUUAAUUUUUAAUACAGUGACUAGUAAAAAUUUAUAUUACUGUAGAGACUUUAGAGAUAUGGAAAAUUUUAACCCUUUGGUGUGUGAAAUAUAUUUUGGUAUAUAAAAAUGAAAAUAAUUCAUUUUGAAGAAUGUCUUAGUUGUAGCAAAACACUGAGCUACACAUGAGUGUCUUUCAUGAAUUGAUAAUUCAGUGAUUUCAUAAAACUUAGAAACACAUCCGUGAUUUUGUAUACAUUUUAGCAAAAGUGAAUUAGAUUGUGUGGGUUGACCAGAACAAUGUUCUUUUCUCCAAGAAUUUCUGAAGUUAGCAGAGACAGACGCUUAAGUACCAUUUGUUAAUGUCAUAAAGAGGUAUCUAGUGAAAGUUCACACUGAAUUAAAAUGAAUCAAUAUACUACAAAAGAGGGUGGCAUUUUCUCUAAUAUAAUGACUGCCCUCACUCACCGUGAAAUACUCACAUGCAUUCAUGCAUUCAAACGCACAUGUAAAUGCAGACAAUGAAUUGAUUUUUAUAAAUAAACUCAAAAGUGAAAGUUUUAUUUUUCGUUGUUUUGUGACUAUUCACUGGAGAAAAGAUACACAAAUAAGAUUUUGUACAUAUGAAGCAUUAUUUCUAGGAAUAUAUUAUCACUGGGUGGAGUUUCACUUUUUCUUAUAAAAAAAACAAAUGCUGUCAUAGAUUAUUAAAUUAAAAUUAUGAAUAGUAAAUCCCAACCCAUCCCAACCCAACCCAAAUAAAUAAACAUAUGUUCCGUUUCCAUUAAAUUUCAUUGUAUAUUUUGAUUUAUCUUUAAUUCUUAUACUCUCUUUUUUAUUCUAUGUUAGAGGGCAAUGAGGUCUAUAAGGUUGUUGCAGGCUUAUAAUAUCCUUUAAAAUUUGCUUCAUGUAUACCAGAUCAAUGAUAUUUUACCCCACAGCCAAUUAAAACCAAGAUGUAAAUUUUGACACUUUAGGUCACUUAUAUAUUCUAGAUUUAGAACUUCAUGAAAUUUUAUAAUAUAAAUUGUGACAUUCAGAUAUGAAAUUAUAUCAUUUUCUGUUGAUAUGCCUAGCAUACUACUAAUAAUCCACUAUAUUAUUACAAAAUGAUUGGCAUUUCACAUGGCUGUUAUCAGUUAAUUUAUAUUAGCUUGAUUUAAAGCAGUGAUAGGAAAUAAUAUUUAGCUUCUUAUUUAAAAUGAAAAACACUAUGGUUAUAAUAUUUCCCUAAAACUAAAGCUAAAAUUCAAAUAAAAAAACAAAACUACAAGUUGAGGGGAAAAACCUGUAGGCCUGAGACACUCACUAUUUUGUUCUUUUUUCUUUUCCUUUUUCUCAAAGUGAAGUUAUAUUACAUAAAAUUCUCUUUUUUUUUGUUUUUGAACUCAUGACCCUGGGAUCAAGAACUGAGCUGAGAUCAAGGGUCAGACGCUUAACUAACUGAGUCACCCAGGCACCUCCAUAAAAUUAGCCAUUUUGAAGUGAAUAACUUAGUGGCAUUUAAUGCAUUCACAGUAUUGUACACCUACCACCUGUAACUGAUUCCAAAACGUUUUCACCAUCCUCAGGGGAACCCAGUAAGCAUUAGUAACUCCUAUUCCCCGCUCCCCAAAUCUUCAGGCAACAGCAAGUCUGCGUUCUGUUUCUAUGGACUUACCCAUCGAGAUAUUUCAUGGGAUCAUACAACAUGUAACAUUUUGUGUCUGGCUUCUUUAACAUACAUAAGAUUUCAAGGUUCGUGUGUACAUCAGUUCUUCAUUCUCCUUUUUGGUCGCAUGGUAUUUGACUCCAUGGAAAUACAACAAUUUGUUCAUCCGUUUAUGUGCUGAUGGACACCUGGGUUGUUUUCAUCAUUUGGCUCUUUUGAACAAUGUUAUUAUAAACAUGUAUGUACAUCCGUUUAUUUGAGUACCUGUUUUCAAUUAUUUUAGGCAUGUAUCUACGAGUAGAAUUUCAGGGUCCUAUGGUAGUUCCAUAUUUAAUGCUUGGAGGAAUCAGCUCCCCACAGUGGCUUAGCCAUGACAUUCCUGUCACAGUGUAUGAGAGUUCCGAGCUCUCUAUAACCUCAGAAACAUUGGUUUUGGUUUUGUCUUUUUAAAAUUAUACUCAUGCAAUGGCUGUGUAGUGUGGUAUCUUAUGGUGGUUUUGCUUUGCAUUUCCCUCAUGAUUAAUGAGCUAAAAAUCUUUCUAUGUGCUUCUAUAUCCUUUUUGGAGAAAGGUCUGUUCAAAUUCUUUGCCUCUCCCCCCCACCAUCCCCUUUUUUAAACAUAAGGUUGUUUCCCUUUCUGUUGCUGAGUUGUAAGAGUUCUCUAUGCAUUCUGGAUAUUAAACCCUUAUCAGAUAUAUGAUUUCCCAACACUUUGUACCAUUUAGGUUGUCUUUUCACUUUCUUGGGAAUGUCUUCUGAUGUACGAAGUUUUUAAUUUUGAUAAAAUCCAAUGCAUCUAGUUUUCUCUUGCUGUUUGUGCUUUUAAAGUUUCAUUUCUAAGAAUCCGUUGCUAAAUCCAAGGCAUGAAGAUUUAGCCCCUGUGUUUUCUUCUAAGACUUUUAUUUUUGUGUAUGGUGUAAGAAAGUGACAGUAAAUUAUAUUUAUAAAUUUUUAAGACAGUUAAAAGUAAAAAACAAUAAAAUAAAAAAUUGAAGAAUAAAAAAAGACUUUCAUAGUUUUACGUGUUUUCAGUUAAUUUAUGUAUAUAGUAUAAGAUAGGAAUCCAACUGCAUAAUUUGACACGUGAAUCAGUUUCUCCCACACUAUUUAUUGAAGAGACUUUUUGUCUCCUAGUGAAUGGUGCUCGCACCUUUGUUGCAAAUCAGUAGUUUAUAGAGCUAUGGACUUAUUUCUGGAGGCUCGAUUUCAUUCCGUUAGUUUAUGUAGUUACCAUUAUGCCAGUACCACAUUCUUUUGAUUGCUGUAUCUUUGUAGUAAAUUUUGAAAUCGAGACAUAUGGCUCCCCAGCUUUGUUCUUCUUUUUCAAUAUAAUUUUGUUUAUUUCGAGCCAAUUAAAAUUCCGUAUGAAUUUGAAGAUCAGCUUUUCCAUUUCUGCAAAAAAUGCAGUUGGGUUUUUGGUAGGGACUCCACUGAAUCUGUAGCUGACUUUUGGGAAUGUUGAGAUCUACUAAAUGUCUGUGUCCCUCCAAAGUUCCUAUGCUGAAACUUUAUUGCAAAUGUGAUAAUAUUUGGGGGUGUUGCUUUGGCAAGGUGAGUAGGUCUGAGAGCAGAGUCCUCAUGAAUGAAUUAGUGCCUUUAAAACAAAGACUCCAAAGAUCAUCCACAUUAUUAUCCAAUGAAAGUGGUAACUGCUAAAUGUGUGAUUCAGUACGUCCGUAACAGGAAACUAGGACCAGUGUUUAGAAAGAAUAAAAUUCUUAUCCUGGUUCAUACUCAAUAUUUUGACCAAAUAAUCCUCCUUGUGCUUUAGUUUCCUCAUUUUUAAGAAAAGAAUCUGGAGAUUCUAGCUGAGAUUCUUCCAGCACCAAAAUCCCAUUAUCUUAUGUUUUCCAAAACUUAGCUACUAGGUUUAAAUAAAGCACUAAUUUGGGUUCAUGAGGAUAAUGUAAUAUUUCUUUAGAAUUUCAGUUUAUUUUCACAAAAACAGCUGUUGGCUCCUGAUCCCGCUUAGUGUACUCUUUCCACUUGCUGGAUUUAUUUCUUUUUAAUUCACACAGUUAAAUUUAAUAUGUUUGUUGACAUAAUUGAAAGCAUUUUCAUUUCUUAUUUCUCUUCCACUGCCCAUCACUUUGUGUUUCCCUGUCAUUUUAUUGUGCUUAAUUUAAUGGUAUUUAAAUUCCCACAGCAUUUGGCAGCCUUUCUAAUUCUCUUUAAAUUCUAGGAAAACAGAAGACAGGAAGCAUCAAUAUAUCAGUAACUAACAAAAAUCAUCUCUUUGCUUUUUUACCAACUUUAAUUCUCCAUUACAUACUUCCUUGUACGUGUGUGUGUGUGUGUGUGUGUGUGUAAACGUGGUUCUAUUUUAGUGUAAAGUGAAUAGAAAGUCAAUCAAGAAAGAAUAAUUGCAAAUUACAUUCAUAUUUCACAUUCAGCUCCUUUUCUAGCAUUCUGAAAUCAUGUUAUGCCAUGUAUGUUCAGUUAAAUUCACACGGUGGAGAGAAGGAAUUUAAAAGUAAACUAGAUGUUCUUGUCUCCUAAUUCAAUGUUUCUUGAACAAUUGAAUCAUGGUCCUACUGUACCAGAUAGGGUGCUUUCUGAAAAUAAAAAUUCUGAAUUAAUAGGCAUGCGACUUGACAAGUGGGAAUGUAUAUAUUUUUUAAAGAGUAGUUAGGUGUCCACUGAGGAAUGGAUAAGGAAGAUGUGCUGUACACACACAUACACACACACACACACACACACACACACACACACAAUGUGAUAUUACUCAGCCACCAAGAGGAAUGAAAUUUUGGGGCGCUUGGGUGGCUCGGUUGGUUAAGUAUCCAACUCUGGAUUUCAACUCAGAUCAUGAUCUCAUUGUUUGUGGAAUCGAGUCCCACAUGGGGUUCUGCGGUGACAGCAUGGAGCUUGCUUGGGAUUCUCUCUCCCCCCCCCCACUCUCUCUCUCUGCCCCUUCCCUGCUCUCAUGCAUGUGCUCACUCUCUCUCAAAAUAAAUAAAUAAGCAUUUAAAAAAGAAUAAAAUCUUGCCAUUUGCAAUGACAUGGAUGGAGGUAGAGAGCAUUAUGCUAAAUGCAAUAAAUCCGUCAGAGAAAGACAAAUGCCAUAUGAUUUCACUCAUAUGUGUAAUUUAAGAAAAAAAACAAAUGAGCAAAUGGGAAAAAAGAGAGGAAAACCAAGAAACAGACUGUUAACUACAGAGAACAAACUGAUGGUUAACAGAAGGGAGAUGGGUGGGAGGACCAGUUAAGUUGAUGAUGGGGAUUAAGGAGUGCAAUUGUGAUGAGCACUGGGUGCUGGACGGAGAUGUUGAAUCACUAUAUUGUACACCUGCAACUAAUUACAUUGUAGGUUAUCUAGGUGGAAUUUUAAUAAAAACUUUAAAAAAUUGUUUUAACAGAGAAACAAUAAAUAAAAAUAAAAUGUUGAUAGAUUCAGCCAAAAUCUCUUAAAAAAAGAGAAAGAAAGAAAGAAAGAA